GCCCUCAUGGCGGGUUCGAGCCCUCACGACGCUGCCCUGAGGGCCGGCAUUGUCCCGAAUCCCCUCAGAGACGGCUUAGCCGGCUCUGACGCACGUUCCCAGCCGUUUAACGUCGAUUAACGGGUCAAUCCCCUCCGGCCGCGGCCCGGUUAUCCCCCCGGAUUAGGGGCAGCUCAGGCCCUGGUGGGUCUGAUCACCUCAAGGCCAUGACAAAAAUAUACGACUUUUAAUUUUUUUUUUUUUAAACCUAAAUAGCCUGAAAUUGUCUUGGAGCAGUGGCCAGGAGAAGGAGCAGCACCUUUGGGGUGUCGGGAGCGCCUUUGCCCCAUGGUGAGGCUGAGCAGGGAUCCAGAGGCAGAAAAACACCGCUCCAAGGCCGGCGACAAGAGGAAGGCGCUGGAGGAGACGAUGGCUCUGAGCACGCAGUCCCUGGCCAGUGUCACCUACCAGGUCAGCAGCCUGGCCACCGCCUUCCUGCGCCUGCUGGACCUGCAGGCGGCCCAGCUGCGCCAGGUGGAGGCUGACAUCACCUGCGUGGCACAGAGCGUGGACGUGCACAAGGAGAAGGUGGCGCGCCGCGAGAUCGGCGCGCUGACCGUCACCAAGAGGUUCCUGAGCUACCAGAAGAUCGUGGCCCCCCCGAGCCCCCCCGUGCUGGAGCCCUAUUACAGGAAACCCCUCAGCUUCAGCGUGCUGGACGACAUCGGCCACGGGGUCAAGGACACCAGCACGCAGCUGUCCCGCACCGGCACCCUGGCUCGGAAAAGCACCAAAUCCUCCUCGGCACAGGCUGCGGGAACGCUGGGGAGGAGCAGCCGUGUCCCCGAGCCGGUGCAGCCGCCCGUGGUUCCCGCGGGGAAGCUCCCGAGCAGCUCCUGCAGCUCCUCCCCGCUGCCCCCAAGCUCCAGCGGGGCCCCGGCAGCUCCUGGGGACGGGAUUCCUGCCCCGCCACCUCUGCCAGCGCCACCCCUGCUGGCACCGUCCCCUCCGGGGCCACCCCCGCCUGCCGCUGCCAUCCCACCUCCGCCACCCCUCCCUGGGGACCUGCUGCCACCCCCGGACCUGCCGCCCCCAGCCCCCGAUGACCUCAAGCCGCUGCCGCCGCCCUCGGCUGUGCCCGACUUUGGGGACCUGGAGCUGCCACCGCCACCAGCCGCAGAGGACCCCCCGUGGGCCCCGGAGAGCUACCUGGAGAAAGUGGUGGCCCUGUUCCCGUACGCGCGGCAGAGGGACACGGAGCUGUCGCUGGAGCCGGGCGCGCUGCUCUUCGUCACCCGGCGCCGCCCGGACGGCUGGUGCGAGGGCGUGCGGGGCCAGCAGCGCGGGCUCUUCCCCGGCGCGUACGUGCAGCCCCUGUGAGCCCCGCCUCGCCUUUCCUCGGGAUUUCGGCUUCGGCACGGCCGGGAAUGCCCGGGGAUGGCACUGCUGGCACUGCUGGCACUGCUGGCGCAGCUUCCAGAAUGUUCCCCCUCUUGCCCCGGGCCUCCUCGGGAGGGUUUGGGGCUGGGACACGGAGCUGGGAAUGUGGCGGGGCGGGAGCUGAUCCUGGGGGACAGCCCUGGAUGACAGCCCUGGAUCCCAUUCCUGGAUCCCAUUCCUGGAUCCCAGCCCUGGAUCCCAUUCCUGGAUCCCAGCCCUGGAUCCCAGCCCUGGAUCCCAGCCCUGGAUCCCAGCUCUCGAUCCCAUUCCUGGAUCCUAUUCCUGGAUCCCAUUCCUGGAUCCCAGCUCUCGAUCCCAGCCCUGGAUCCCAGCUCUCAAUCCCAUUCCUGGAUCCCAGUUCUUGAUCCCAUUCCUGGAUCCCAGCUCUGGAUCCCAGCCCUGGAUCCCAGCCCAGAACAGGACCCUGGGCACGGAGCAGACCCUGCUGUCCCCGUGGGCUCCAGGGAUGCCCCAGCCCCAAAACCCCACCCCAAGGUGUCCCCUGCUCGUCCCCAUCUUGUCCCCUGCUCGUCCCCUGCCCCCCCCGCCGCUCCAGCGCCGUCCCCCGCGGCCGCAGCGGCCCCAGGAGCAGAAGCCGCGCUCGGAGCCGCUCCCCAGCCAGGCCCAUGCCCUGCGCUCUGCUCCCUGCAAUACAGGAGCUCCGUCUUGACA